ACUGUGAAAUGAAACACAAGGAAAGCAGCAGGAAUAUAGAAGUGAACCCCGCGGUUUCCAGUAACAUAAAAGCAGUGAGAUUCGUGUUGCAAGCUUCAAAAGGUAGAAGCGCAUUUGAGGACUACAGGACUUGAUAGCCAGAGGGAGGAAGAGUCCUACACUGGUGGUUGGAAAUGCUUAUUAAACGAAACCUACUCACUCUGUGGGUUCUGCUACUUCUCUUUGUCUCUGGAAGUGCAACCAAAUGGAACUUGUUCAAGAGGACACCUGAUGCGCAGGAAGGUGAUGUGAGGCUGACUGGCUCUCAGAGCACUUCAGAGGGCCGUGUGGAGGUCUACCAUGAUGGGAAAUGGGGAACGGUUUGUGACGAUGGUUGGGACAUGGCUGAGGCCCAGGUGGCGUGUCGUCAGCUCCACUUCCCUGGAGCCAAAUCUGUUGUAGAAGGGAAGGAGUACGGACAAGCAUCUGGACCUAUUUGGCUCGAUGAUAUCACAUGUAAAGGCACAGAGAACCGUCUGAUCACUUGUGGUUUCAAAAGCUGGGGAGUGACGGACUGCACCCACAAAGAGGAUGUUGGAGUUAUUUGUGACUCAGACACAAAUGUGACCAUGAGUAAUUCUACACAUUCCCUGGACCACAGUGCUAGUCUGUCUGAUGAUCUUGGCCAAAUAUUUCACAGUGGGGAUGGCUGCGACUUCCAGAUCACAGUUCAGAGUGCCACUGGGAACAAAUGGGAGGAUGGGACACCAGAGAUGCUUGAGACAAAGAUCUGUGCACACAGGAUGAUUGUCUCGCAAUUCCCAUUCUUUAGUACCUUGAUGGGGAUGACUAGUAUCACAGUCAACGUCAGCCAGUCUUGCCAACCACAUUUCACCUCCUUCAUUAGGUACCUUUACACUCGCAAGAUAGAUGUGACCUUCUCCUCUGCACAGUGCAUCCACUGGAUGGCCUCAACGUUUGGAGUGAAGCAGCUGAUGGAGGACACAGGCCGGGUGUUCACCAAAAUCCUCCCUGAGGACACAUCAUUUCAUACCCAGGUGUCCCUUCACAAAUAUGCAGUGGAAACUGAGGACUUGGUCCUCCAGGAGAACUGUAUCCAGUAUCUGGCCUGGAACUACGAAAAUCUGACCAGGUCUUCUGCUUGGCCACACCUCUCUGUGGAGGUCAUUGGAGCCCUUCUAGCCCGUUCAGACCUAGUGGUGCCAGAUGAAUAUUUUGUGCUUCAGACUGUGGAGAGCUGGAUCCUUGAGAAGGGCAACUCAAGCAGUUUGGAAACCCAGGCUGAACUAUUGGGUCUUAUUCGUUUCCCUAUGAUCCCUGCUGAGAAACUGUAUGAUUUGGAAUCCAACUCAUCACUCUACAGCACACAUGAGAAUAUGUAUCGUGAGAACAUGUUGAAAGCGCUUCAGUUUAAUGUUCUGCUCUUCAGCAAUCUUCAGACCAAUCCAAAGUUCAAUAAAGAAGAUGAUGAUUACCAUCCCAGGAUCUACACCUCUAACCCAUGGAGCACUGUAAUGGACCCUUUCAAGAAAACUGUAACAAAACCAGUCCGUGCCCAAUAUCCAUCAUACAACCGCAGGAUGCAGUAUGACAAUGGCUAUAACUAUCGUUACCACCAACCCACUGUCAGCCCAUAUAUUCAAACCACAACCACGUCAUUUAGCACACCUGUCCACAACAGCAUGAUCUUUCAGAGCAACAAGGCCCAGUGGGAGGCUAAUGUCUUCAAGAACCAACAUGAGUGUUCAAACCAUGGUCUGAGAUGCGAGUCAGUCCCUGUGGCAAGGCUGGUUCCCCGAAGCCACCUUUCCCAGAGCAAUGUCCUGUUUCGUAACCGACUCCUGCUGAUGUGCCAAGGCAAGUACAUCUGUCAGGUUCAGGACUUCAAAGACAAUCUGGCUUAUAUCGCUCUGAACGGGACCCAGGUUCUGGCCUAUCCCUGUACUGAUGACCAGUACAUCUACCGCUUUGUCGUGAGACCAGAGUAUGUCUGAUCCAGCAGCAAUGCAAGACCUAAUAUUUCUCACACCUGAUCAAUUUGACAGGUUAUUAUUCAAUAGAUUGCAAUCAAAUACUUAAAAUAUGAUCGUUGUGAAUGAUUUUCUUCUCUAAUGAUUAGCUACAAAUAUAUCACCUGAUUGUGCUUUAAUUCAUACCAAGUAUCCUUUCCUGCCCUUUUGUUAAAAAUUCAAUAAUACAAAUAAAUAGUUCAAGAUCUU